UUAGAUCAAUUGCUGUAAUUUCAAAUUGUUUAAACAGAAGCAAUAAAGUUUCAUACUUAUAGUCUUAGUUUCCAAACUAUGAAAGCUAUCAGCACGCCCAGAAAGCUUUUUCAGCUGACUAACCAGCUUUUUCAGAAAGUCGUGGGAAAUCAAAACAUUUCCAGGAACGGGAGCAGCUCCAGAUUUGAGCUUUGCCGCGCUUGCCAUGGCAUUCAAUUAUCUGGCUCUGGCCCGUUCCAGAAUAAAAUGAAAUUAUUAAAAAACUCAGAAGAAGACAAAUCUAUAUCCGUCAAAGAAUUUAAGUUGUUGAUUAGAAAAGAACAGAAUAACAAAAAAAAAAAAAGAUGUCAUCUUCAUCAUCAAUAAUGAUGAGAAUAACAAACAAAAGAAUUCUUCCAUUGGACCAUUGAACGUGAUCAGAAAAGCCAACGUUCAACUUGCAAAAUGCAAAUUGGAAAAAGCAUUUGAUGGCCUAAGCACUUACAUAAAAUUUGUCACAAAAAAUCACAACGAAAAAGAAAACAAAGCUAAUUCAAUAUUAAUCCAGUUUGACCAACCGCUUUCACAAUAUGUGGACAGCUUGACCUUUCUCGCACUUUGAAGCUAAACUCCCCACAUGUGCUAAGUUACCAAACCCUAGACAUAUUAGGGCUCUCACACGUGUCUUAACAUCCAACCUCACGUGCAAAACGCCAGUGGCUCUUCAACAACGUUGGGGAAACAACAAAGAAAGAACAAACAAAAACCAAAAAGUUGUAAAAGAAAAAGAAAAAUACGGCCUCUUUUAUAAACCUACCACUCAAAUUAUCACUCUGUCGCGUCUCCGCCUCCUCUUUUGACACUAAAAAAAAAAAUCUCCAAAUUAUUCAUUUUUACAGCCACCAAACAAAGGGUUACAGCAUUUUGCAGUUUCCUCUAUUUGUCGACACAAAAAAAUGUCAGGUUUUGGAUUGUCACAUUUGGUGAAUGUUAAGAACGAAGUCGUUUUAAGGAAGUUAUGGAUUCAAGAUUUGAGCUUUGAUAAAAAUAGUAGUUCAAGGUUCGUUUUUCCAGUGAAGAAGAAACAAAGGCUAGUAACUUUAAGCUUGUCUCAACAACCAGAGGCAGAGCCUCAAUCUGGUGUGGCAACGAGUAUAGUAACUAAGGAAAGUGGUGAAAGUAGUAUAAGAAAAGAAGUUAGGAUUUUGGGGAGUGAUGUGGGAGCGAAAAUCGAUGACGGAAAUAGUGGGGGAUUUUUCAAUGGAAAUUCUGGAAAUGGCAAAGUUAAUAAUGGUGGUGGUGGAGGAGGUGAUGGCGGAGGCGCUGGCGGUGAUGGUGAUGGUGAAAAGAGAGAUCCGGAAGAGGAGGAGUUUGGACCAGUUAUGAAAUUUGAGGAAGUUAUGAAGGAGACAGAGGCUAGAGGGGCUACUCUUCCUUCAGACAUGUUGGAGGCAGCAAAAAGUGUUGGGAUUCGUAAAUUGCUUCUCCUUAGAUAUUUGGAUUUGCAGGGAUCUAGUUGGCCUAUGGGAUUUGCAAUGAGAUCAUGGGGGAUGCUUCGGAACCGGAUGUUGGCUGACCCAUCUUUUCUUUUUAAAAUUGGAACAGAGAUAGUCAUUGAUUCUUGUUGUGCUACCCUUGCGGAAGUUCAAAAGAGAGGCAAGGACUUCUGGGCAGAAUUUGAGCUGUAUGUUGCUGAUCUUUUGGUUGGAGUGGUGGUGAACAUUGCUUUAGUUGGUAUGUUGGCACCAUAUGCACGUAUUGGGCAACCAUCUAUAUCGAAAGGGUUCCUUGGGCGCAUGCAAAAUGCUUAUGGAUCUCUCCCUAGCAGUGUGUUCGAAGCUGAAAGGCCAGGUUGUAGGUUUACAGUAAAACAGAGAAUUGCUACAUACUUUUAUAAGGGAGUCCUGUAUGGAUCAGUUGGAUUUGCAUGUGGUGUUAUAGGCCAAGGAAUUGCAAAUUUGAUAAUGACUGCAAAGAGGAGCAUGAAGAAGUCAGAAGAGGACAUACCUGUGCCACCUCUUCUGAAGAGUGCAGCUCUCUGGGGUGUUUUUCUUGCAGUUUCUUCCAAUACUCGAUAUCAGAUCAUCAAUGGAUUGGAACAGUUGGUGGAGGCAUCACCUUUGGCUAAGCAGGUUCCACCAGUCGCAAUGGCUUUCACGGUUGGUGUGCGAUUUGCCAACAACAUUUAUGGCGGGAUGCAGUUCGUGGACUGGGCUAGAUGGAGCGGAGUGCAAUAACUGCACAUGUAUUUUUUUUCAUAUAUUUGGUUAGAAAUAGCCUUCCCUGACCAUUUCAUUUGGGGGUAGAGUUAUAAAUUUCAAUAAUUGUGAGUUUUGGAUGCUAAACAUCAAUGUGAUAGCCACAAAUCUUUUGAAUCAGAUGAAUUGUUGCUUGCGAGGUUGAAAAGCUAAGAAUGCAGGCAGAUGGCUAUCUUCCUUUGACCUAGUAAUUCAUAUCAUUUAGUUGAUUUCAAAUACAACAUGAAUAAUCUUAACACGAAUACACGAAUGACAUGAAUAA